AUGUUCAUCUCCGAUUUCAAGAAUCACCAAUGUUCAUAUCUGAUUUCAGAACCCAUUUCACUUUUGGAACAAAAAAACCUUCAUGGAGAUGAAGACCAAACCUACAAUAAAGGGCGUCUGCUAAAAGUUCAGUGCUGCUGGGAAUUUGAGGUUUUAUUGGAAAGUCUAUAUAAAGCUCAUUUCAUUGUGAUGCUGAAACCACAUACAUUCCAUCUCAACUAA